AUGCGAACAAAUUUAUUGCUAUCAUUGUUCUUGGUAACAAUAAUUGUUUUGGUGUCGAUUGUCUCGGCGCAAAAAGUUCCCAAGGUCGAUGCACCUGAUUUACCUACAAGCAAAGAUGAUGCACCAUCACCAUCGCCGUCUCCUAAACCACAACCAAAACCAGAGCCAGAGCCAGAGCCACAAGCACCAAAACCAAAACCAGAGCCACAAGCACCACAACCAAAACCAGAGCCACAAGAAUCACAAACACCUCCUCCAAAAAAACAACCAGAAUCACAACAACAACAACCAACACAACCACCACCACCACCACCACCAACAACAACAACAACAACAACACCACCACCAACAACAUCAUCACCACCAUCUUCUUCCUCUAAACAAACCGAAUCCACUGAAAGUCAAUCUCAAUUACAACCAACAACAUCUCAAACAAUUCAACAAUCAUCAACUCAACAAACAGUUCCGGUGACUCCAAAAUCAAUUUCACCUCAAUCAAUCCCCACAACGACAUCAUCACCUGUAAUUCUUACUACUAGUCUUGCUCCAUCACCAACUCAAAAUACAACAUUGGGACAGGCUGAAUGUGAUAAAUUCACAAAAACUUGUCGUGAUGUAAAUUGUGCUUUCAAAGAUUAUACUGCAACAUGUGAAAAUGGGGGGAAAUGUAAGUACGUGUACUAG